UUCUGCUUCUAUGUUUUUUCUUUUGUACGUUUCUCAUUUAUUUCCCCAAAACGAUCUAAUUUUCUUCCUGUCACUGGAAUAUUGGCUGCUGGAUGAAGUUCUAGUUUCAAAGUUUGGUUUGUUUCUUUUUCUGUUGUGGUCACUUGGCAACCAAACAGAGUUGGUGAACAGAAAAAAAAAAAGGAAGUUAGUGUAAAGUUGAUGUCAAUUUCAAACGUGAGUUGCUUAUUUUGACCCAAAACAUAAGAGCGUAUAAUUUUAUGUCGCAAUCUCAGACAAUAAGACCAAGGUAUCAAGUAACAAACAUACUGUACGCUCAAAGAAGCCUCACGAGUCAUGUUCAAUUAUCUCUGAUUCAACUCUACAUUUUCAUCGAAUACUAUCGCUUAAUCUUCAGACCUUCUGCUUUUUCACCAGCUUAUUACUGUAGAAUCAAUCAAUACCUCCGGGAGAUUAUGGGAAACAGACUGGAAUUGUUGUUCGUGUUCUCAACAGCCUUCACGGUUGGAGCAAUGUUCCUUCGUGUUGGAGCCGAGCCAGUGGAAGAUAAACAAGCCUUGCUUGACUUCCUGCACAAUAUAAACCACUCUCAUGCUCUAAACUGGGAAGAGAAAUCUUCAGCAUGCCAUAGCUGGAAGGGAGUCACCUGCGAUAGAGAACAUUCCAGAGUCAUAGCCCUUCAUUUACCUGCAGUUGGAUUGAGCGGUCCAAUACCACCGAAGACCCUAAGUCGCCUCUCAGCACUUCAGACUCUGAAUCUAAAAUCCAAUAGCAUAACGGGUCCUUUUCCUUCUGGUUUCUCUGAGCUUAAGAAUUUAACCUAUCUUGACAUUCAAUUCAACGAGUUUUCUGGCCUAUUACCGCCAGAUUUCUCAGUUUGGAAGUAUUUGACUGUUGCUGAUUUUUCCAACAACUUUUUUAAUGGGAGCAUUCCUUCAUCAAUUUCGAAUCUGAUUCAUCUCACAUCUUUAGUCCUGGCAAACAACUCGCUUUCGGGUGAAAUUCCUAAUAUCAAUAUUCCUACCCUGCAAGAACUGAAUCUGGCCAACAAUAAGCUUAGUGGGACGGUGCCCAACUCCCUUCAGAGAUUCCCAAGUUGGGCGUUCUCAGGGAACAAUCUUUCAUCGGCAAAUGCUCAACCAAGAAAGAAAACGUCAAAAAAACUUGGUAAGUCGGCUUUAAUAGGUAUAAUUCUGGGUUGCAGUGGGCUGGCGUUUGGAGUUAUUGCAGCUUGCUUGCUUUUGUGCUACUAUGAUAAAAGAGGUGAAAAUGGGCUAGCAAUGAAAUCUCAGAAAAAAGUCACGUUUCUCAAAAAGGAUAUCUCCGAGAGUCAUUGCAGAAAAAACAAGAUUGAGUUCUUUGAGGAUUGCAAUUUCGCGUUUGACCUGGAGGAUCUGUUGAGAGCAUCUGCUGAGGUGCUCGGCAAGGGGACCUAUGGCACAACAUAUAAGGCAAAUCUAGAGGACGCUACCACUGUGGCGGUGAAGAGACUGAAAGAGGUCAUCAUCGGAAAACGCGAGUUUGAACAGCAGAUGGAGGUUGUGGGAAGGAUUAGGCACGACAAUGUGGCAGCUCUAAGGGCAUAUUACUAUUCCAAGGAGGAGAAACUUAUGAUCUAUGAUUACUAUGAACACAGUAGCGUUUCUGCUAUGUUGCACGGUAGAAGAGGGGAAGAAAGGAUUUCUUUGGAUUGGCAUGGCAGACUGAGGAUCGCAGUGGGUGCAGCAAGAGGAAUAGCUCACGUCCAUGCUCAACAAGGAGGAAAACUUGUCCAUGGAAAUAUAAAAGCCUCGAACAUCUUCCUCAACUCCGAAGGAUACGGCUGUAUUUCUGACAUUGGUUUAGCAACACUGAUGAGUCCAAUAGUGCCACCGUCUCUAAGAAGUGCUGGCUACCGUGCUCCGGAAGUAACAGACCCCAGAAAAGCAAGCCACGCAUCUGACGUCUACAGUUUUGGGGUGUUUCUGUUGGAGCUUUUGACUGGAAAAGGCCCCAUGCACACCACAGGAAGUGAGGAGGCCGUCCACCUGGUUAGGUGGGUGAAUUCUGUGGUCAGAGAGGAAUGGACAGCAGAAGUGUUUGAUGUCCAAUUGCUGAGAUUUCCAAAUAUAGAGGAAGAAAUGGUUCAAAUGUUACAACUUGCGAUGGCAUGUGUUGUUAGAGUUCCAGAGCAGAGACCAACAAUGCCAGAUGUUUUAAGAACGAUGGAGGAAAUUGGUCGACCAAAUGCCGAGAAUCGGCUAUCUUCUGAAUCCAGAUCAGCAGCUUCCACCCCGACUCCACCAGCAAUUGACAUGCCUUCUUCCUCUGUGGAUGCUUAGAAUUAAUUAUUCCUCGAUUUCGACUUUAUUCUUUUACAGAAGAUAUUAUGUGUUUUGCUGUCUUCUUGUAUCCCUCUCCAGUUAAACAAAUAUGUGGUUGUAAGUAGUUCAUCUGCCAACCUAAGUUUAGGUGAUAUCAAAGUCAAAUUGGGUCCCUGCGUGGACAAUGCGUUAUAUACUUUGGGAGUUUAAUUAUCAUGGUUGUGGCGUUUGGGCUCCAAGAUCAAAGCAAGGGUUAAACGUUUCGCAUAAGUUGUUAUCGUCGAUUAAGAUUUUAUGCGUUAUAUGCUUGGGUUUGUAUG